UGACAUUGAUCAAUUAAAGAAUUUAGGGUGGCCGCCUUGGCAAACUCAAUAUCCAGACCUACCUCAAGUACAGGUAAAUGGGGAUACGAUAACUGGUGAAUCACCAAAGAAAAAGCAAAAAGGGAACGGACAUAUUAAAGGCAUAAACGAUGUGAAAAUACCGGCACUUCCUGAAGUGACAAGGCAAGAUCUUAUCGCCAGAAGCUAUCAAAUUGAACUUUUCGACAGGGCAAAGAAAGAUAAUGUCAUUGCAGUUUUAGAUACCGGUAGUGGAAAAACUUUUAUCGCAGUAAUGCUUAUAAAAGAAGUAGCUGCGGAGGAGAGAUUGUUAAGAAUGCAUCGAAGAGAGACCAAGCUCACCUUCUUUCUGGUGAAUCUCGUUCCUUUGGUGUUCCAACAAGCCAACGUAAUCAAAGCAAAUUGUGAUCUUAAAGUUAAACAUGUUUGUGGUGAAAUGGGUGUCGACCUUUGGAGCGAAAAAGAAUGGCGAAAUAAUUUUGAAAAUUUUGAUGUACUUGUCAUGACUGCACAAAUAUUUUUAAAUAUUUUACGUCAUGGAUUUAUCUCAUUAUCACAGGUCAAUUUAUUAGUAUUUGAUGAAUGUCAUCAUACUUCAAAGAAACAUCCUUACAAUUUAAUUAUGAGAGAAUUUUAUGAUCGAUGCCCUGAUGAAAGCAAACCAAAGAUAUUUGGUAUGACGGCUUCUCCCGUAAAUACUCGUAGCGCUCUUCAUUCGGCUAGUCAUUUGGAACAUAAUUUAAAUGCUAGAGUAUUUACAGCAAGUGAUAUAGAUGAAGUUUGCAAAUUUGUAAGUAGACCUGAUGAGAUUGCUAUAAAGUACGAAUCACCUCCUUCGUAUGCUUCUACUGAGCUUUAUAAUAAACUUCGAGAAGAAUAUUUUGAUGUUGAAAAAUUCAGUCGGGCAUUAACAAGCGCAUCACAAGCGCUUAAAGAUCUUGGUCCGUGGUGUUCCGAUCGUGUUUGGAAAUAUAUUUUGGAUGAAUUACAUGAAAAAUUAGAAGGUAAAUUAAAUCCUGAACUUUGCGUGGAAGUGCAAGAGGAAGAUCGCCUUGUGCGAAAAGCUAUGGAGGUCGUUGAUAAUUGGAAAUUUGAAACCCCAAAAUGUGAUCUAAAAUUUUUGUCACCAAAAGUAUUCAAAUUAAUUGAAAUACUAAAAUGUUUUAAAGAACAAACUGAUAAUUUUUGUGGAAUUGUUUUUGUUGAACGUCGACACACAGCCAACGUUCUUCAUCUUCUAAUAAAAGAGAUUGAUGAUCUCAACUUUAUUAGACCUGGUGUACUUGUGGGUCAUGGUUCUCAUGAAGAAGGUGAUUUACAAAUGAAAUUUAAAGAACAAAACAGGACUAUUAAUGCAUUCCGCGAGGGUAAAAUUAAUUUACUAAUCGCUACUAAUGUAGCUGAAGAGGGGUUGGAUAUUCAACCUUGCAACGUUGUUAUCCGAUUUGAUUUUUUCAAUACAUUGAGAGCCUAUAUACAAUCUCGAGGCAGAGCUCGUCGCAAAGAUUCUAAAUACAUUGUCAUGAUUGAGAUUAAUAAUUUAAAAGAAUAUGGUUUACUUAAGGAAAUGAAACAAGCAGAAAAAGAUAUGAAAGAUUGGUGUCAAAUGCUACCAGAAGAUCGUGCACUUCUGAGCUAUGAAUCAUCGAUAUCUUUAAUUUAUUAUUAUUGCUCAAAGCUUCCUGGUGAUAAUUAUUGUAUUUUGAGACCAGAUUUCAAAAUUGAGAGAGAGAAUGGUGGUGGGUUUACUUGUCAUUUAUCAUUACCAAAUAAUGCACCAAUACGUCUGGUUUCAAGUGAAGUUUCUACGAGUCGGGGUAACGCUAAAAAAGCAGCGGCUUUUAAAGCAUGUCUUCAAUUGUACGAAAAAAAAGCAUUAAAUGAUCAUUUAUUACCUGUGAUAGAAUGGAUUGAGGAAGAUCAUGAAAUGAUAAAGCCAGUCAGAGAUGAAUAUGGUUUAGUAGAAGGUGCUCGAAAAUCAAAGAGAGAAUAUGAACUUAAAGGUCCAGAUUUCUGGGUCAACGAAGAAGAAGACAUGUCAUCAAUUCCAGAUAAAAUUUAUGUUACAAUUUUGAAAUUAGAAUUAGAAUAUGAAAAAUAUGAUGGGCAAUAUUACCGCACCAUGUGUUUGUUAACGCGUAAACAAUUUCCAGAAGUUCCACCGAUUACUUUAUAUUUUCAUGGUGUAGCUAAAGUAAUGAAUGUAAUUCCUCAUUCCGUUCCAAUUAGUAUUGAUUCAGAAAAUUUGGAAAUAAUUUUCAAGUUUACAUUACGUACAUUCACAUCAAUUUCAAACAAAGAAUUUGAAUGUGAAUUUGAGAAAUUCACAUACCUUGUUGCACCACUUGUUCGUAACGCACCAAUUAACGAAAAUUAUUUUGAUUAUUUUGAUUGGGAAGGAAUGAAAAGAGCAGUCGCUGAAAAACAUCUACCAAUUGAUCUCGAUAAUAUUCCUGAUUUAGAAGAUGCAGUUAUAAUCGAUUAUUCUGAUAACUUACGAAGAUAUUUUGUUCAAAAAAUUUGUUAUGACUUAAACCCUUUAUCACCCAUACCAGAUGGCAUGGCGAUUAGAGAAGUUGGAUGUCAAAAUUUUGCUGAAUUUUACAAGAAACAUUUUGAUCUAGAAUUAACGUGCCCAGAUCAACCAUUGCUUCAUGUACGUAAAAUUUCAAAAGUUAUGAAUUUCUUACAGCCUGUUCCUGGUUCUUUACCAAUUAUGAAAGGUCGAACAGCUACAUAUGUGAUACCAGAGUUUUGUAAACAGUAUCCUAUUCGUGCGUCUGUUUUUCGAUCUGCUCUUAUGCUACCUGUUAUUUUUACAAGAUUGGAUUCACAGCUUUUAGCAUUAGAAUUAAGAACUCGAUUUGACAUACCUAUGAGAGACGAUUUGCUUUUAGAAGCAAUAACUACACCAUCAGCUAAUAUGGAAAUGAAUUAUGAACGUCUUGAGACAUUAGGUGAUUCAUUCUUAAAAUUUUGCGUUACAAACAGAUUAUAUGUUAUGUUUCCUGAUAAGCAUGAGGGCCAAUUACAUUGUCAACGUAUUCAUAUUAUUUGUAAUAAAAAACUUUAUCGUGGGGCAAAAAAAUUGCGCCUCUACGAAUAUAUUACAUCAUCACCAUUUAAUCGUAGAGCAUGGCGACCCGCAAAUAUGUUAGCUAAUAUUGAUGAUAUUGAAAUAAUUAAACAAAAGAAAGUUCAUGAAUUAGCAGAUAAAACCCUUGCUGAUGUAGUUGAAGCAAUGCUAGGAGCUGCUUACAUGAGUGGACAAGUCGAUGCAGCUCUCAAAUGUGCUAAAGCCUUGGACAUUUCAAUGGAAGAUAUUGAUAAAUGGGAUGACUUCCAUAUUAACAAUAAAAACCCACCUCGCGUUAAUGCAAAAGCACUUGGACAAAUAAAUGUUGAAAAAGUUGAAGAAAUAUGUGGACAUACUUUCAAGAAUAAAAUUUUAAUUGUUGAGGCCUUGACUCAUGCGAGUCUUCCAAAUUCUGCAACACCUUGUUAUCAGCGUCUUGAAUUCUUAGGUGAUGCAGUAUUGGAUUUCAUGACAGUAAAGUAUUUAUUCGAGAAAUUUCCUGAUGGUGCACCUGGAAUAAUGACUGAUCUAAAAGAUGCAGCUGUCAACAAUCAGGUUCUUGGUGCGAUUUGUGAACGAAUCAAUCUUCAUAAGCACAUAAUUCAUUUUUCCAGUAAAUUAAUGAAUGGAAUAACAGAAUUUGUUAACACUGUGAACGAACUGAGAGAGAAAAAUGAGGCAGUUGGAGAAUAUUGGAGUGAUUUAGAUGUUCCCAAGGUGAUGAGUGAUGUUGUAGAGAGCAUGAUGGGCGCCAUUUUCGUUGAUUCUGAAUUUGAUCCUGCGGUAUUGCAUAAAGUGUUUGAUAAGUGGAUAAAACCUAUUUUAACUGAGCAUGUCACCCCAGAAACUUUGAAAGUUCAUCCAGUGAAGAAAUUAACCGAAUAUAUGCAAAAAGAAGGAUGUACUGAGAUAUUAUUAAGAAACCAUACGUCGGAAGAGUCGGAUGUUCAGAAAUGCACCAUAUUCAUUCACGAAAUGCCAGUCGCACAUGCUGGCUCGACUAAUAUUAGAGCAGCAAGGAAGUUAGCGGCCCAGCAGAUCUUAGAUAAAAUUGAUAAUGAUCCCAAAUAUCUUGAAAAAAUUUGCACUUGUGAUACUCUUAUAAGAUCCGAUUCGUUAUUUAAUGACGACGAAGAUGAUGAAGUAUUAUUAGAUUGA